GCGGCGGCGCGGAGGCUCGGUGGUGCCCAGCCCUCUCCCGGCUGCGCUGGUUGGGGUGGCGGCCGCAGCAGGAGCCGGAGGAGAAGGGAGGCGUCUGUGUAGCCGGCCUGCGCACGCAGGAAAGGACAUGGACGGCGAUCGGACAGAGAGCGACUGGCAGGGGCUGGUGAGCGAGUACCUGGUGUGUAAGCGGAAGCUGGAGAGCAAGAAGGAGGCCCUGCUGAUCCUCUCCAAGGAGCUGGACACCUGCCAGCAGGAGAGGGACCAGUACAAGCUCAUGGCUAAUCAGCUGCGCGAGCGACACCAGUCCCUGAAGAAGAAGUAUCGGGAGCUGAUUGAUGGAGACCCAUCACUUCCCCCUGAAAAGAGGAAGCAGGCUAAUCUUGCGCAGCUGUUGAGAGACUCUCAGGACAGGAAUAAACAUCUGGGAGAAGAAAUUAAAGAACUCCGGCAGAGGCUUGGCGAGGUCCAGGGUGACAAUAAGCUGUUGAGGAUGACAAUUGCUAAACAAAGGCUCGGAGAUGAAGAAAUUGGCAUGAGGCAUUUCGCAGCCCAUGAGCGGGAGGAUCUGGUUGAGCAGCUGGAGCGAGCUAAGGAACAGAUCGAGUCCUUGGAACAUGACCUGCAGGCGUCAGUGGAUGAACUCCAGGAUCUUAAGGAGGAGCGGGCUUCCUACCAGGACAAAGUGGACCGGCUGAACCAGGAGCUCAACCAUAUCCUGGGUGGUCAUGAGAACCGAAUCAUUGAUGUGGAUGCUCUGUGCAUGGAGAACAGAUAUCUCCAGGAGAGAUUGAAACAGCUCCAUGAAGAGGUCAGCCUUCUGAAGUCAAACAUCGCCAAGUACAAGAAUGCUCUCGAGAGACGGAAAAACUCCAAGGGCCAAGGCAAGUCCAACAGUAGUGCUCUGACCGGGGUCCUGUCUGCAAAGCAAGUCCAGGAUCUGCUCUCUGAAGAUCAUGGGUGCAGCCUCCCAGCUACUCCACAGUCCAUUGCUGACCUGAAGUCUCUGGCCACGGCCCUGCUGGAGACGAUCCAUGAGAAAAACAUGGUCAUUCAGCACCAGAGGCAAACCAACAGAAUCCUAGGGAAUCGAGUGGCAGAGCUGGAGAAGAAACUAAGAACUCUGGAGGUUUCCGGUUUGUGGAGUCUCCCAGGCCUGAGCUACAAUGUUUCAGUUGGAUUUGGGAGGGGCAAGGACACCAUACUGUUCACUGACCCGGCUCUUCCCGCCGUACAGAGGUCAAGGUCCCCACUGUUGAAGUUUGUGGAACAGCCCACUGAGAACAAGGAGAGCACCGGGGAUGGGGAGACUCGGAAGCAGGAGCGUGAUGAAGGCUGCGCAGCUGCUGAGGCGUUGACAGUGCCCGAGGAUGCCGGGAAGCCGGCUGUCAGCUCCCCAACACAGCCGAGCAACAAGAACCAAUACUCCUGUAUUCCGCAUCCUCCGUUACCCCAGCCACCUUCAGAGGACGUAACCAUGGUGGGAAAGGGGAUAACUCAACUGACUGAUGGCCAAGAGGCUGCAGACCUGGAGGAGGUCACAAGGGAGGCUCUCACAGAAGAGCAGAGGUGUGACCUGGGCCCAUCUUCUCCUAGUCUGGCCUCCCAGGGAAAGUGUACCACAGCUCUCCAGGACCACCUGCCUUCCAUGCAGCCAGAGACCAAAGCAGCCAGUGUGGAAGGUGACAGAGGGGUCUCGGAGAACAGAGACACAGGAAGCACUGUGCAAACAUGAGGGGAAGAGAGACCGAUGGGGUGACAUAGUGAAGACACCAGGGACAGCGAGGGACGCUUGAAGCCUCAGAACAGGCAUCCAACCACUUUCUGCUAAAACACCUUCCUGUCUGCAAAUGAGAAAAUGCUGUGAUUCUGCUACAAGCUGGGAGCGCCCAAUGGUGCCAGCUCUGUCUGAUUUAUUAAAUGCUGGUCUGUGAGCUUCUCGGUGUCACCUCUGUCUGCCGAAGACGUGACGCUGUGAACAUGGCCGGGCACAGGAAUCGUAGUUGCCAUAUGGCUGCAUUUCUACAUCCCUCUCCCUGUCAGCAUUUGUUUUUUUAGAGAGAAGAUGUUUUUCUAUUAGCAUUUAAUGUUGUCCAUCAAAAUGAUGGGACAAGCUGGGAAAGGAAGGGUUUUUUGGGUUGUUUUUCCCCCCUGGGUCUCAGUCUUGGGACUAACUGGGUAGCUAGAAAUAAAGAUGUAAUUGAAUGAAGUGUGUUCAUGGGGCCAUGGCUGCACCUUGUCAUGUAGCAAUCUCUAGGGAUCCCCCAGAAAUGGGUGUUCUUCGCACCCAGUGUUUUAUGGUGGUAGGUGGGAGGGACCAGAGCAGGCUGGGAAAGUUGGGCUGCAGGUUGGAGUGACUAUUUGCUGAGCGCAGAGCUGAGUGUUCUACCUAAGGUCUGAAGCUUUCCCUGGCUUGGAGGGAUGGAUAACAAGACACUACCAGGGGCAGGGGACUUCCUGGUGGUAUUCUGAUUAUUGCUGUUGUUGUUAUUUAGAUGGUAUUAGAAGCACUAGCUGUUUUUAUCCAGCACAGCCUGCAUAGGAUGAUGUGGAUCUUCAGGGUCUGGGGAAAGCUCGCUGCUUAGCAUCAUCCCGUUUCCCCACUUGAAACUCUGAACCACUUACUCCGUCAGCAGAACAUUGCAUCUGGGCUUCCAGGGAAUCGAGUUUUAAACACAGGACUCUGAAGUUGUGGUCUAGUAAGGAAGGAGGAAAGAUGAAUUCAUUCCUGCCUUGACCACAAAGGAACUGUACACCAAGCGUCAGUCCAAGGGGAGAGGAGGGAGUUGCCCACGCUGCCUGCUGCUUCCUCGUAGGGCGAAGAUGAGCUACGGAAAUUCACAGAGUCAUUGAGUCCCAGACUUCCCUUUGAGCUGAGCUCAGUUUAUCUCCCCAGGAAUGUGGGAUGGCUGAGAUCCCCAAACUCAAACUGCCUCAGAGAGCCAGAAUGGAAUGGACCUUGGAAACUCCAGCUAAAAAGGGAAGUUCAGAGACGGCACAUGUUCCCAUUUAUCCUAAAACCUGUCUAUGCUCUGGUACUCCUGGGCGCACCUUCAGACAGGGCCCCAAUGUUCUGUUUAUCCCUUUGUCCCCUUCCCACGAAGGCCAGUCCCAUAGAGGAGGCUGCAAGUUCAACACAGGCCAGUAGUCCCGAAGGGAUUUUUUUUUUUUUUCUGGAUGGAGGCCUCAGUUGGCCAUAUGUAUUUGGCUACAUAUGGUCAGUAUUGCUGCAUAGGACAUCAGAGCUGCUAAGGGAAACCCAGCCAGAUGUGACUCAGUAAAAGAAAAUAAACACUUGAACCUCCCAGAAGCUCUGGCUUGGAAACACAUUGAGCAGGUACACAUCAUUGGGCCAUUCAUCACUUUCAGGAGAGUGGGGUUUAUAGCGAACUCUGGCACCUUCUAGUAGGGCAAGAAGCUGCAGUGAGCCCCAGGGUCUCUGCUUUAGGAAGUCAGGAGGAGAGGGGUCCAAAAUGUAAGCUCAUUGUACACAGCCAGCCUGGGGCCUGUGUUAUUAGAUGGAAUUAGAGUCAGUAAGUUGAUGUUGUUGCAUAUGUAACCAUGACAACACACGUCCCCACUUCUGCUGUGCCCUCCCAACAUGACUCUUCUAUUCUGUAGACAAUAAAGAGA